GGGCCACCAAACCCUACCUGGAAUUUUCGUUGGUCGUUCCUUCCCAAGUUUUCGUCGCCUCCGCAAAUUACCAUCACCAUCCCGUCGUCGAUACACAGACAGAUCCGCAAAAAUGGCUGGAGGCAAACCCCGUGGUCUUAACGCCGCCCGCAAGCUGCGAACGAACCGAAAGGACCAGAAAUGGGCCGAUCUCGCCUACAAGAAGCGUGCCCUCGGUACCGCCUAUAAGUCCUCUCCCUUCGGUGGUUCCUCCCACGCCAAGGGCAUCGUCCUCGAGAAGGUCGGUGUCGAGGCCAAGCAGCCCAACUCCGCUAUCCGAAAGUGUGUCCGUGUUCAGCUCAUCAAGAACGGAAAGAAGGUCACUGCCUUCGUCCCCAAUGACGGUUGCUUGAACUUCGUGGACGAGAACGACGAGGUCCUCCUGGCUGGUUUCGGUCGCAAGGGCAAGGCCAAGGGUGAUAUUCCCGGUGUUCGAUUCAAGGUCGUCAAGGUCUCUGGUGUCGGUCUGCUCGCUCUGUGGAAGGAGAAGAAGGAGAAGCCCCGUUCUUAAGCGAAGGGCUCGUGGAUGGAAACAAAGUCAUAUUUCGACACGUGGAGUCUAUUCGGAUUGCUUGCAUCGGCAUUACUGGUUAGGGAUCUGAUCAUGGGAGACGAGGUCUGAAAAAGGGAAAAUAGAUCACAAAGUCUUCGACGAACAAACAACGAUGUGCACGCCGCGUGAGGUGGAAUUUUUGGGUCUGAACCCAUAUCUCCGUGUAUGAUGACAUUAUUGUACAAUUGUUUUACAUGCUUCAAUACCCUCUGGCCUUCAGUUCUCCGACUUGACCUCGUCCUGAGGUCCCUGGACAUAUCUGAUAGUGUAGUCUGCAGCCAGGCCCAGGCUGAUCACACCGCCGGUGAUCCAACACCCGUUAAUGAACCACCACCAACAAUCCUUGACAUCCUUCAGAUUGACCCGCUUAAUCAUGAUACCAAGCGUGACCAUAGCUCCUCCACAGCUCCCAACAAAGAACGCCGGGCCAGCACCAGCUGCAAAUCCGGCAGCAGCCAAAAGAGAGAUUUGUACAGCAGCCAAUCCUGUCAGCACUUGCUUAGUCUCAGCAUCAUGCUUCAGUGCAAUGCUCUUGAUUCCCGCCUUGACGUCGUCCUUGAUGUCCAUAUGAGCAUAGAUCAUGUCGUAUAAUAUUGUCCAUGCAAUAUUUGAAGCAUAGAGGCAGGCUGCAGCAGUCAAGGCUGGGGUAUGUGACAGCAGAUCGAUUCCAAGAGCCGGGAAACCCAUGAUGGCGCCCCACGAGAAGGUGAGGCCGAGAACUGCUUGAGGGUAGUAAGUAACUCUCUUGGCCAAAGGAUAGCUGGCUACCAGGAGCAAGCUGGGGACGCCGUAAAAGAGGCAAGGCAGGGGAAAUUGGAGCAAUAUCCCAAGGCCGGCAAACAGUUGAACCCCAGUGUAGACAAGUCCUUUGAACGGUGUGAUCGCACCACGAGCAAUCGGCCUAAGUCGAGUUCUUGAGACAUGAGGAUCGAGGUUACGGUCCCAUAGAUCAUUGAUAGUACAUCCAGCACCUCUCAUGAUGAGAGCUCCAGAGAAGAAAAGGAGUGAUGUUCCAAUAACAGAGCCUGGAGUUGCCAUUGGCAUAGCCAUUGGGGCAGCCAUGAGAGUAGAAAAGAGACAUGGGAAGAACAAAUAAUAGGUUCCAGCGGGCUUAUCAAGUCGAAUCAGCUCAGCAUAAGGAACCCACGAGGCUGGGAGUUUCGAUAACAGUCCCGUCUCAGGUGGCUUAUAAGGUGCCGGUGCCGUGGGAGCUGAUGGUGAGUCCAAAUCCUGGGUGACCAGAGGCAAAGAUCGAGGUUUGGCCUCGUGAAACCCAACUGCUCGCUGAUUACGAUGCCAUGGUUGUCUCAAGCCUUGACAAGCACGAAUGAGUGAAGGUCGUGUCUGUAGUUGUCUUGGGACUUUCAGAGCCUGACCUGAGAUUCCUCGACAUUGAGCCCAGGCCGAAGCCCGGGGGAGCGCACUUAAU